GCCAAUGGGACCACAGUAAACACCACGGUUCCGGCCCGUCGUGGGAGUCCCGUUAUAGUGGGAGGAAGGUCCGGGAGGGAGGUUGCUAGUCCGCUUACUUACCCAGGGCUCAGCCAUGGACAUGUACAUGAUGCCCAACCCCCCCAUGCCUGGUGUCCCCCCAGGUCUGGAGUACUUAACACAGGUUGACCAGCUGCUUAUAAAACAAAGGGUUGAACUUAUUGAAGCCCUUGCCGGCUUCGAGAGCAACAAUAAGUACGAGAUCCGCAACUCCCUGGGUCAGAGCGUGUUCUUCGCGGUGGAGGAGAACGACUGCCUGAGCCGGCAGUGCUGCGGCCCGCUGCGCUCCUUCACCAUCCGCGUGCUCGACAAUUUCGGCCACGAGGUCAUCACCAUCUCACGGCCCCUCAAGUGCACGUCCUGCCUCUUCCCCUGCUGCCUGCAGGAGAUGGAGGUGCAGUCGCCGCCGGGGAACACGGUGGGCUAUGUGCUGCAGCAGUGGCACCCCAUCUUCCCCAAGUUCAUCAUCGAGAACGAGCGGCGGGAGCAGGUGCUGAAACUCCACGGGCCCUUCUGCGGCUGGAGCUGCCUGCCAGACGUCGACUUCGAGAUUCUUACCAUGGAUGAGAUCAAUAAGAUCGGCAAGAUCAGCAAGCAGUGGACGGGCCUCCUGCGGGAGGUGUUCACCGACACAGACAACUUCGGUAUCCAGUUCCCCAUGGACCUGGACGUCAGGAUGAAGGCGGUGAUGAUUGGCGCAUGCUUCCUCAUCGACUUCAUGUUCUUUGAGAACAACCAGUAGAAGCUGGACAUCCUGGAGUAAGACCUGUCGUGGCAUGGAUUGGGAUCCUCUGCUAAGAUGCAUCCAUCUGUGUUCCUCUUAUAAUCAUCUCAGUUUGGAACGAAGGACUUCACUUUCCACAAAACAAGGGAUUCUUGCGGUAUGUGGCUUAUGGCCAACUCUCAGGGGUGACACCCCAGGGCCUCCUCCUUGGGGUGUGCUGUUAGAUUUGGAAUUUGGGGCAGGUGUUUCCUGGGUUUGCCCCUUGCAGUCACUGUCAGGUACAGGGGGGUGGGCUUGAAGGCUUUUAGCCUUUUUGCUCAGACCUCAGAGCUCAUCAGCAUGAGGCCGGGCAAAAUUCACGCACGCAGCAGAGUGGCCGUCUGCCGGACAGUCAGCAUCAUGAUGGUGUGGAAAGCAGGACGCCCCCUGCCCCCCAACACAAACACACACACACACACACACAGCUAGCAAGGCUUUGCACUGUUUGUAACAUCUGGACAAGGCAACCUCAGACAAGACAAUUCACAAGCAGCAUGAAACCGUAUCACGAUAAGUCCUCCUUUGUGUUUUCUCUUUGGGUUUGAUUGUCCUCCUUCCUGGAAACAGAUGAGUUAACUUUGCGUAUCAAAAAUGUAUUUAAACUAUUAAUUUUAUUGUUUUUUUUAAUUUAUUAACUUUUUAAGGCUUUUGUAAAUAUCCUUUUGAAAUGUCAGCAAUGUUCCACCAGGGGCCAGUAGUUCUCUGUUCUGAACAGAUACCAAUGAUUUAAUGUGGGAAGGUCACCAAUAAAGCCGGUGAAUGUAAA